AGGGAAAGAUGAGAGAGAUAAAGUUACCGUUGAGCCAAACCCAAAAGGUUCGGCUUCAGAAAGCUCUGCAACAACUAGAGUCUCUGUCAUCAAAGGUGAACUCUGAAGCUUCCGUUACCGUAGCCGAUUCCAUCUCCGUCAAUCACGAAGACGGCGUUCUCAAGGGACAUGGAACCACCGACCUUAACGGCGAAGUGGUUGCCACCGUUUGCGGCAUCGUCGAGCGCGUCAACAAGCUCGUUUAUGUCCGCGCGUUACGCUCCAGGUAUAAACCUGAGGUUGGUGACAUCGUUAUAGGGCGUGUUGUUGAGGUAGCUCAGAAGCGUUGGAGGUUGGAGAUAAAUUACAGUCAAAACGCAGUUUUGAUGCUUUCUUCUAUGAAUAUGCCUGAUGGUGUUCAGAGGCGGAGAACAGCUAUAGAUGAGCUAAAUAUGCGCUGUAUUUUUGAGGAGAAGGAUGUUGUUUGUGCUGAAGUUCGUGGCUUCCAACACGAUGGCUUACACCUUCAAGCCAGAAGUCAGAAAUAUGGAAAGCUUAGUAGAGGUCAACUGCUUACAAUCCCACCUUAUUUAGUUAAGAGACAGAAACAACAUUUCCAUUAUCUGGAGCAGUAUGGUAUUGAUUUGAUACUUGGCUGCAAUGGAUUCAUAUGGAUUGGGGAAAAUAUUGAAGACAGAGAUGACAUGGUAGAAGACCAAGUGAACCAAUCUGAUCAGCAAGUUCUAUUUCCCAAUAAAAAUUCUGAGGGUCUUGAAGAACAAGAGAAAAGUUUCACAACAUUGGAGACAAGAAAAUACAUAUGCAGGGCUGCUAAUGCUGUUAGAGUAUUAUCGACCUUGGGCUUCAAUAUUACAUUGGAAAUCAUCAAGGGAAUUAUUGAUCUAAGCCUUUCUCUGAAUCUUGAUAUACAUGAGAUGCUUGCUUCUGAGUUUUGUGUUCUGGUUGCUGAGAGAGAGGCAGAAAGGAGAGGCUCAGAUAAAAAGAAGCGGUAGAUUGUUAUUAUAGUUAUAAUGCAAGUUUAACAAUUAGGGGUAAAAAAGAGGAAAGAAA